AUCAAAAAAAAAGUUAAUAUCUACAAUGGCCCGUACUAAGCAAACCGCUCGCAAGUCUACUGGUGGCAAGGCCCCCCGUAAGCAGUUGGCCACCAAGGCUGCCCGCAAGUCUGCCCCCUCCACCGGUGGUGUCAAGAAGCCCCAUCGUUACAGACCCGGUACCGUUGCUCUCCGUGAGAUCCGUCGUUACCAGAAGUCUACCGAGCUCUUGAUCCGCAAGUUGCCUUUCCAGCGUCUCGUCCGUGAAAUUGCCCAGGACUUCAAGACCGACUUGCGUUUCCAGUCCUCUGCCAUCGGUGCCCUUCAGGAGGCUUCCGAGGCCUACCUCGUCUCUCUCUUCGAAGACACCAACUUGGCUGCCAUCCAUGCCAAGCGCGUCACCAUCCAGCCCAAGGAUAUCCAGUUGGCCCGUCGUCUCCGUGGUGAACGUUCUUAAGGAAAGAAGAAGAAAAAAUUGAAGAAGAAGAAAAAGAAGAAUACAUUUAUACAUAUAUAUAUAUAAUAUACACACAUAAAAUAUUUUAUUAUCAUUAUUAUUUACACUUCUUUUCUCUUCUAUCUUGAAUCAUUUUAUAUAUAUAUAUACAUAUACACAUAUUUUCUCUUAACUCUUACUUAUUUACUCGCACUCACACUUACACCUACAAAACACUCACUCACACUUACACUCACACUCGCACUCGCACUCAAAUACUAUACUACUACUACUACUAUUACUACUAUUAUGUUGUUACCUUGCAACAAAUCCUCAUCAUCCAAAUACAUAUCAUUCAUUAAAAAAAAUGAAACAAAGAAUAAGAAAAUAACAAAUUAUGUAUAUAUUGUAUAUAAUCUGUUACGCGCCCAAUACCUUUUUGUUUUCUUUUUGUUAUAAAUUUUUUUUUAGAGAAAAUUUUGUAUAUAAAAUA